CCUCCGAGCUAAAAAACCUGCUGUGUAAUCCCGUCGCUGCGGUGCUCGGAGUCGGCGCAGGAAAGCAGCAAUGCCGGAUUAUUUGGGAUCCGAACAGCGCAAAGUCAAGGAGGAGGAGAAGGAGGACGGUCCGAUUCGAGCUUUGGAUGAAGGGGAUAUCGCUCUUCUGAAAACCUAUGGCCAAAGCACCUAUUCUCGUCAGAUUAAGCAAGUGGAGGACGACAUCCAGCAGCUUCUCAAGAAGAUCAAUGAGCUCACAGGCAUCAAGGAGUCGGACACGGGGUUGGCUCCCCCGGCCUUGUGGGACUUGGCUGCAGAUAAACAGACUCUGCAGAGUGAGCAGCCCCUACAGGUUGCCAGGUGCACCAAGAUAAUCAAUGCUGACUCUGAGGAUCCAAAGUACAUCAUCAAUGUGAAGCAGUUUGCCAAGUUUGUGGUGGACCUCAGUGACCAGGUCGCCCCCACUGACAUCGAGGAAGGAAUGAGAGUUGGUGUUGACAGAAACAAGUAUCAGAUCCACAUUCCACUCCCACCCAAAAUCGAUCCCACUGUUACUAUGAUGCAGGUUGAGGAGAAGCCAGAUGUGACCUACAGUGAUGUGGGAGGCUGCAAGGAGCAGAUCGAGAAGCUCAGAGAAGUAGUUGAGACCCCUCUGCUGCAUCCGGAGCGCUUCGUGAACCUGGGCAUUGAGCCCCCUAAGGGAGUGCUGCUGUUCGGACCCCCGGGCACAGGAAAGACCCUGUGUGCUCGUGCCGUGGCCAACCGGACCGAUGCCUGCUUCAUCCGAGUCAUUGGCUCCGAGCUGGUACAGAAGUACGUGGGAGAGGGGGCCAGAAUGGUUCGGGAACUGUUUGAGAUGGCUAGGACUAAGAAGGCUUGCCUCAUCUUCUUUGAUGAAAUCGAUGCUAUUGGAGGUGCACGUUUCGAUGAUGGGGCUGGAGGAGACAAUGAGGUGCAGAGGACCAUGCUGGAGCUCAUUAACCAGCUGGAUGGCUUUGACCCCAGGGGAAACAUCAAGGUCCUGAUGGCCACCAACCGACCCGACACUCUGGACCCGGCUCUGAUGAGACCUGGCCGACUUGACCGAAAGAUUGAGUUCAGUCUGCCUGACCUAGAGGGACGUACCCACAUCUUUAAAAUCCAUGCUCGCUCCAUGAGUGUGGAGAGGGACAUUCGGUUCGAGCUGCUGGCGCGGCUCUGUCCCAACAGCACAGGCGCAGAGAUCCGGAGCGUGUGCACCGAGGCCGGCAUGUUUGCCAUCAGAGCCCGAAGGAAAAUCGCCACAGAGAAGGACUUCCUGGAAGCCGUGAACAAGGUCAUCAAGUCCUACGCGAAGUUCAGCGCCACCCCGCGAUACAUGACCUACAACUAACUCGACGUCUGCGCCUUAAACCUCGUCUGUUUUUUUCCUUUCUUUUACUUUUUCCAAGAGAGCUGAGCUGCAUGUUCGUUUAGUAUUAUCAGUAAUUAAUAAAUAAAGUGUUCGACUCUUA